UAAAUUCAGAGUCCUUUUUCUUUCUUGUAAAUACAGGUAUAAUGUUUUUUAAGGAGAUUGUUUUAAAUUCAGAGUCAUCUUCUAUUUUGAUAAACACUGUUUUUGGAGAAAAGCCACAAAAACCCACACAGCAAGGCAUCAACUUGCUCACCAGGGCAGUAGACACUAUUGCUCCCAAGCGUCCCCUCCGACUCGCUUCAAAUUUGGCCCCUUGGUAUACAGAAGAUCUACGGGGGCUGAAACGGCAAGGUCGGCAACUGGAGCGCAAGUGGAGGAAAACUCAACUCGAAUCGGACAGAUUGAGACAUAGAGUACAUCUAAAGAUCUAUGCUCAGAAAGGAGCAGAGCAAGAAACAAUUCUGAAAACUCGCAGGUCCUUGCAUCUUCGAGGCGCCUCUCCAGGAAAUCUGGAAGCUCUGCUCUCCCUUUAACGUUUGCAGCAGGGCUGGCAAACCUGUCCCUCCAGCGGCUGGUGAACUACAAAUCCCAUCAUCCCGAGCGGCCCCUCUAGGAAGCUGGAAGCUCUGCUCUCCCUGCCCAGCAAGCCACGCGGGAAUGGAAAUCGCCCCUCCUCCGAACGAGCAGGAAUUAACAGAAGAGGGAGGCGUGUGCUUCCGGACCGGAGAUACUUGCAGAAGGAGGGACCCGGCCAGUAGGGGAGAGAGGCAUAUCCUGGGGUUCCUCAGACCUUUCCACCCCAAGAGCCCACCCCCGUGUCUUGCACUUCCUUCCCUGGGAGCCAGACCCCCUCCACGUGCACUUUGCACCCCUCGGAAGCUUGGAGGGAGCUGCUGAUGCUGCAGGAUACUCUCCCUGCCUGCCAGUUCUCAAUUAAAAGCAAAAUUUUGCAGAUAAAUUAAGUGCUUAUUUAGAGAGAGAGAGAGAAAUAACUUGAUAAGAAAGACUCUUUGGCCAUAUGAGACUAACUGCUGUUCUAAGAAGAUCUUAUGGCUGCAUUGGAAGUUUCAUUUGAGAUCAAAGACAAACAUGGAAUUGCAAAUCCCAGUAAUGAAUCAGGGGCAGGAGCAGAAAAAGACCCCCAGAGCAUUCAGGCUGGGAGUGGCAGGGAAUUCUGGGAAAGAAUGGUGCAAAAGAUCCUGAAUGUAGACCCCACCAGCACCGAUGUUGAAUGCCAGAGACUCAGGCAGUUCCCCUACCAGGAGGCUGAAGGACCCCGAGACAUUUGCAGCAGACUCCACACCCGUUGCCAUCAGUGGCUGAAGCCCGAAAAGCACACCAAAGCUCAGAUGCUGGACCUGGUGAUCCUGGAGCAGUUCCUGACUGUCCUACCCUUGGAGAUGGAGAGCUGGGUCAGAGAAUGUGGAGCAGAGACCAGUUCCCAGGCGGUGGCCCUAGCAGAAGGUUUUCUCCUGAGCCAGGCAGAGGAGAAGAGGCAGGAGGAGCAGCAGGCACUGGGUAUGUUAGCCAAGAUGGCCACUGAUCCUCUGCAGGCAGAGAAGGCUCCAUCAGACACCAGGCACAGUCUGCUCUUCAGGGGAAUCGUACGGGAGGAGGAGGGGGAUGGAGGAACCACCUCACUGGGCUGUGAAAUGUCCCUCAACAUUCUCUCUAGGCCUUCUCCUCUUGUUGGUGGAGAGGAAGGUGUUGCUGUGCAGUCACCGGAUCAGGGACCCAUGUCCUUUGAAGAGGUGGCUGUGUGUUUCUCCGAGGAGGAGUGGGCUCUGCUGGAUCCUGGCCAAAGGGCUCUGCACAGGGAAGUCAUGGAGGAGACUUCUGGGCAUCUGGCCUGGCUGGGUAAUCGUUGGAAGAACAGAAAAAAGGGGAAAGUGCAGAGAAGAAGAACUAGAGAAAAAGAGAAGAAGAAUUGGGCGGCUUCUGAAGGGACAGACUUCCAUGCAAUUCCAGCUGAAGAUAAGACUAGUAAGCGUACUCUAAGUGGAAGCAUCUCAACUAAUAAAUCACACCUCGGUCCACAUCACAGCAUCCCUACAAGAAUGACAGCAUAUCAAUGCACAGUGUGUGGGAACGACUUCAGGAAUUGGUUGGACUUGUAUGAACAUCAAAAAACCCAUACAGGAGAAAAACUAUGCUUGGGGUGUGGAAAGAGAUUCAGUCGUGACACUGCCCUUGCUGUCCAUCAGUGCGUCUGCCAAGGAGAUACAUGCUCUAAAUACAGAAAGAGCUCCAAUGGCAGAGAUAAGAUUCCUUCCCAUCAAAGUUGCGAUAGAGGACAGAAACCAUAUGCAUGCUCAGAGUGUGGGAAGCGCUUCAGGCAUAAAUACGAACUUUCUAUCCAUCAAAGAAUCCACACAGGGGAGAAACCAUAUACGUGCUCAGAGUGUGGAAAGCGCUUCAGUGAAAAAGGAAGUCUUUCCGCCCAUCAAAGAAUCCACACAGGGGAGAAACCAUAUGCGUGCUCAGAGUGUGGGAAGAGCUUCAGUUGGAAAUCAAAUCUUUCUGUCCAUCAAAGAAUCCACACAGGGGAGAAACCACAUAUGUGCUCAGAGUGUGGAAAGCGCUUCAGUGAAAAAAAAAGUCUUUCUGCCCACCAAAGAAUCCACACAGGGGAGAAACCACAUACGUGCUCAGAGUGUGGAAAGCGCUUCAGUGAAAAAAAAAGUCUUUCUGCCCAUCAACGAAUCCACACAGGGGAGAAACCAUAUGCAUGCUCAGAGUGUGGGAAGAGCUUCAGUUGGAAAUCAGAUCUUUCUGUCCAUCAAAGAAUCCACACAGGGGAGAAACCACAUAUGUGCUCAGAGUGUGGAAAGCGCUUCAGUGAAAAAAAAAGUCUUUCUGCCCAUCAAAGAAUCCACACAGGGGAGAAACCAUGUGCGUGCUCAGAGUGUGGAAAGAGCUUCAGUCAUAAAUACGAACUUUCUGCCCAUCAACGAAUCCACACAGGGGAGAAACCAUAUACGUGCUCAGAGUGUGGAAAGCGCUUCAGUGGAAAAAAAAGUCUUUCUGCCCAUCAAAGAAUCCACACAGGGGAGAACCCAUAUGCGUGCUUAGAGUGUGGGAAGAGCUUCAGUUCGAAAUCAAAUCUUUCUGUCCAUCAAAGAAUCCACACAGGGGAAAAACCAUAUACAUGCUCAGAGUGCGGAAAGAGCUUCCGUGACAAGGGCAGUCUUUCUGCUCAUCACAGAAUCCACACAGGGGAGAAACCAUAUGCGUGCUCAGAGUGUGGAAAGCGCUUCAGUGACAAGGGCAGUCUUUCUGCCCAUCAAAGAAUCCACACAGGGGUGAAACCAUAUGCGUGCUCAGAGUGUGGGAAGAGCUUCAGUUGGAAAUCAAAUCUUUCUGUCCAUCAAAGAAUCCACACAGGGGAGAAACCAUAUGCGUGCUCAGAGUGUGGAAAGAGCUUCGUUCAGAAGUCCAGCCUUUCUGAACAUCAAAGAAUCCACACAGGGGAGAAACCAUAUGCGUGCUCAGAGUGUGGAAAGAGCUUCCGUGACAAGGGCAGUCUUUCUGCCCAUCACAGAAUCCACACAGGGGAGAAACCAUUUGCGUGCUCAGAGUGUGGGAAGAGCUUCAACCGGAAGCACAUACUUUGUGCCCAUCAAAGAAUCCACACAGGGGAGAAACCAUAUGCCUGCUCUGAGUGUGGAAAGAGUUUCCGUGACAAGGGCAGUCUUUCUGCCCAUCAAAGAAUCCACACGGGGAGAAACCAUAUGCGUGCUCAGAGUGUGGGAAGAGCUUCAGAAGGAUGUCAAAUCUUUCUGUCCAUCAAAGACUCCCCAAAUAAAAACAAGUCCCCUGUGUCAGAGAAGAGUAUAUGUUUGUGGUAUGCUGUCGAUGGAAAGGCCUACCAAUGCCUCAAAUGCUGGCAGAUGGCAACGGAUGAAAGUGCCAAAAUUAGUGCCCGACAGGGCAGUCUUUCUGCCCAUCAAAGACUCCACACACAGGAGAAACCAUAUACGUGCUCAGAGUGUGGGAAGAGUUUGAGUUGUAAGGGUAAUCUUUCUGUCCAUCAAAAAAUCCACACAGGCAAGUCCUCUGCCGCCAAACACUCUGUCCGACAGUUCGUGCACAUCCCUACUUUGGGGCUGCUGGGUAGAAGAAAUGGGAAUUGCCCAGAUCUUAUGGCUGCAUUGGAAGUUUCAUUUGAGAUCAAAGACAAACAUGGAAUUGCAAAGCCCAGUAAUGAAUCAGGGGCAGGAGCAGAAAAAGACCCCCAGAGCAUUCAGGCUGGGAGUGGCAGGGAAUUCUGGGAAAGAAUGGUGCAAAAGAUCCUGAAAGGAGACCCCACCAGCACCGAUGUUGAAUGCCAGAGACUCAGGCAGUUCCCCUACCAGGAGGCUGAAGGACCCCGAGACCUUUGCAGCAGACUCCACACCCGUUGCCAUCAGUGGCUGAAGCCAGAAAAGCACACCAAAGCUCAGAUGCUGGACCUGGUGAUCCUGGAGCAGUUCCUGACUGUCCUGCCCCCGGAGAUGGAGAGCUGGGUCAGAGAAUGCAGAGCGGAGACCAGUUCCCAGGCGGUGGCCCUGGCAGAAGGUUUCCUCCUGAGCCAGGCAGAGGAGAAGAGGCAGGAGGAGCAGCAGGCACUGGGUAUGUUAGCCAAGAUGGCCACUGAUCCUCUGCAGGCAGAGAAGGCUCCAUCAGACACCAGGCACAGUCUGCUCUUCAGGGGAAUCGUACGGGAGGAGGAGGGGGAUGGAGGAACCACCUCACUGGGCUGUGAAAUGUCCCUCAACAUUCUCUCUAGGCCUUCUCCUCUUGUUGGUGGAGAGGAAGGUGUUGCUGUGCAGUCACCGGAUCAGGGACCCGUGUCCUUUGAAGAGGUGGCUGUGUGUUUCUCCGAGGAGGAGUGGGCUCUGCUGGAUCCUGGCCAAAGGGCUCUGCACAGGGAAAUCAUGGAGGAGACUUCUGGGCAUCUGGCCUGGCUGGGUAAUCGGAGGACGAACAGAAAAAAGGGGCAAAUGCUGAGAAGAAGAACUAGAGAAAAAGAGAAGAAGAAUUGGGCGGCUUCUGAAGGGACAGACUUCCAUGCAAUUCCAGCUGAAGAUAAGACUAGUAAGCGUACUCUAAGUGGAAGCAUCUCAACUAAUAAAUCACACCUCGGUCCACAUCACAGCAUCCCUACAAGAGUGAAAGCAUAUCAAUGCACAGUGUGUGGGAACGACUUCAGGAAUUGGUUGAACUUGUAUGAGCAUCAAAAAACCCAUACAGGAGAGAAACUAUGCUUGGAGUGUGGAAAGAAAUUCAGUCGUGACACUGCUCUUGCUGUCCAUCAGUGCGUCUGCCAAGGAGAUACAUCCUCCAAAUACAGAAAGAGCUUGAAUGGCAGAGCUGAGCUUCCUUCCCAUCAAGGUGGCCACACAGGAGAGAAACCCUAUACAUGCUCAGAGUGUGGAAAGAGCUUCAGUCAGAAGUCACACCUUUCUGUCCAUCAAAGAAUCCACACAGGGGAGAAACCAUAUACAUGCUCAGAGUGUGGAAAGCGCUUCAGUGAAAAAGGAAGUCUUUCUGCCCAUCAAAGAAUCCACGCAGGGGAGAAACCAUAUGCGUGCUCAGAGUGUGGGAAGAGCUUCAGUUGGAAAUCAAAUCUUUCUGUCCAUCAAAGAAUCCACACAGGAGAGAAAGCGUAUACGUGCUCAGAGUGUGGGAAGAGCUUCAGUAGAAAAGGAAGUAUUUCUGCCCAUCAAAGAAUUCACACAGGGGAGAAACCAUAUGCGUGCUCAGAGUGUGGGAAGAGCUUCAGUUGGAAAUCAAAUCUUUCUGUCCAUCAAAGAAUCCACACAGGGGAGAAACCCUAUGCAUGCUUAGAGUGUGGAAAGAGCUUCAGUGAAAAAGGAAGUCUUUCUGCCCACGAAGGAAUCCACACAGGGGAGAAACCAUAUGCGUGCUCAGAGUGUGGAAAGAGCUUCGUUCAGAAGUCCAAUCUUUCUGAACAUCAAAGAAUCCACACAGGGGAGAAACCAUAUGCGUGCUCAGAGUGUGGAAAGAGCUUCCGUGACAAGGGCAGUCUUUCUGCCCAUCACAGAAUCCACACAGGGGAGAAACCAUAUGCGUGCUUAGAGUGUGGGAAGAGCUUCAACCGGAAGUACAUACUUUGUGCCCAUCAAAGAAUCCACACAGGGGAGAAACCAUAUACCUGCUCUGAGUGUGGAAAGAGUUUCCGUGACAAGGGCAGUCUUUCUGCCCAUCAAAGAAUCCACACAGGGGAGAAACCAUUUGUGUGCUCAGAGUGUGGAAAGAGCUUCAGUCGGAAGUACAAGCUUUCUAUCCAUCAAAGAAUCCACACAGGGGAGAAACCAUAUGCAUGCUCAGAGUGUGGAAAGAGCUUCAGUCAGAAGUACAAGCUUUCUAUCCAUCAAAGAAUCCACACAGGGGAGAAACCAUAUUUGUGCUCAGAGUGUGGGAAGAGCUUCAGAAGGAAAUCAAAUCUUUCUGUCCAUCAAAGACUGCACAAAUAAAAACAAAUCCCCUGUGUCAGACAAGAGUAUAUGUUUGCGGUAUGCUGACUGAAUCUAUGCAAAAUACUACACACAUAACCCAAUAUUGGGAAAUAGGUUACCCCUGGAAAUACCAUGCUCCAUGUAAUAUGGACAAAAACUUUUAAUAUAGGAACCAAAACCAAAUAAAAUGGUUACAACACUAAGUGAUAAUAAUAAAUUAUGUAUAAACAUCAAACAAAGAUUCUAAUAGUAACCAAUGAAAAAUGACCAAUACCCAAACAAACACAUAUCAGAAAAAAUGUGUUAAUGAAUAACGACAAUAUGAUGCCAAAGGCUGAUGUCCAUGAUAGUCCAUACUAACUAAUAAUAACAGACACAGAAAUGUUGGGAAGAUAAAUGCAUGCUGAAUGAAUGACUUCUUCAAACAUAUCACUCUGUGCUGUGUCCAAAUAACUCCUCCACCGACAUGGGUGUGUUGAGAUAUCAAAUGCCAGUCGAUGGAAAGGCCUACCAAUGCCUCAAAUGCUGGCAGAUGGCAACGGAUGAAAGUGCCAAAAUUAGUGCCCGACAGGGCAGUCUUUCUGCCCAUCAAAGACUCCACACACAGGAGAAACCAUAUACGUGCUCAGAGUGUGGGAAGAGUUUGAGUUGUAAGGGUAAUCUUUCUGUCCAUCAAAAAAUCCACACAGGGGAGAAACCUUAUAUGUGCUCCGAGUGUGGAAAGAGCUUCAGUUGGAAGUCAUAUCUUUCUCUCCAUCAAAGAUUUCACAAAGGGGAGAAACCAUCUACAUGCUCAAAGUGUGGAAUGAGCUUCAGGCAGAAGGGGAAUCUUUCUGUCCAUCAAAAAGUCCACGCAGGAGAGUGUAGUGAGGAACCUGCUGGCACUGAUAGAGUUAACAGAAAAGUACCCAUGACCUUUGACAGACUGGCAACCCUGGGGCCUGACCAAUCAACCAGGCAGGCAGGACUAGAGGGUAAGGAUGUGCAUGAACCAGUUGGGCUGUCUUUUUCUGGGCUGCCAAACCGGUUUGGAGGUCCAUUGUUUGGACUGGUUUGGCAGCAGGUGUUAUCUUUUAAGGAGUAGUGCAGGUGCCGUUACGACCCCUCCCCGGCAGUGCUACCAAAACCACUGGCGUAGGGCUGCAAGAAGGUAUGCAGUAGCCCCAUUCCACUGGCUUCGGUGGCAGUGCUUCAGUGAUGGAAGUAUGUUUUCUUUCCAUUAAAGUCGCCACACAGGGGAGAAACCAUAUUCGUGUUCAGAGUGUGGAAACAACUUCAGACGAAAAGCCAGUCUUUUUGCCCAUCAAAGAAUCCACACGGGGGAACCAUAUACGUGCUCAGAGUGUGGAAAGAGCUUCAGUGAGAACAGCAGUCUCUCUGCCCAUCAAAGACUACACUCAGGGGAGAAACCAUAUACGUGCUCAGUGUGGAAGGAGCUUUAGACGGAAGGACUAUCUUUCUGUGCAUCAAAUAAUCCACACAGGGGAGAAGCCAUAUACGUGCUCAAGGUGUGGAAAGAGCUUCAGUGAGAAGGGCAAUCUUUCUGCCCAUCAAAAAAUCCACACAGGGGAGAAACCAUAUAUGUGCUCACAGUGUGGGAAGACCUUCAGUCAGAAGCACUAUCUUUCUGCCCAUCAAAGAAUCCAUACGGGGUGUGUGUGUGUGUGGAACCAUAUACGUGCUCAGAGUGUGGAAAGAGGUUAAGCUUCUCCACAAGCCUUACUAUCCAUAACAGAAUCCACACAGGGGAGAAACCUUAUACAUGCUCAGAGUGUGGAAAGAGCUUUAGUCAGAAGGGCCAUCUGUCUGCCCAUCAAAGACUACACACAGGGGAGAAACGAUAUGUUUGCUCAGAGUGUGGAAAGGGCUUCAGUUGCAAGAGCAGUCUUUUUGCCCAUCAAAAAAUCCACACAGGGGGAAAACCAUAUACCUGCUUAGAGUGUGGAAAGAGCUUCAGUGAGAAGGGCAGGCUUUCUUUCCAUCAAAGAAUCCAUGCAGGGGAGAAACUAUAUACAUCCUCAGAGUGUGGAAAGAGCUUCAGUCAGAAGGAUAAUCUUUCUGCCCAUCAAAGAAUCCACACAGAAGAGAAACAAUAUACUUGCGCAGAGUGUGGGAAGAGCUUCAUUCAAAAAGCCAAUUUUUCCACCCAUGAAAAAAUCCACACAAGGGAGAAACCUUAUACUUGCUCAGAGUUUGGAAAGAGUUUUCUGUCCAUCAAAGAAUCCAUGCAGGGGAGAAACCAUUUAUGUGCUCUAAGUGAAGAAAGAGCUUCAGUUGGAAACCAAGCCUUUUUUCCCAUCAAAGAAACCACACAGAGGAGAAACCAUAUAGGUGCUUAGAGUGUGGAAAGAGCUUCAGUCAGACGGAUAAGCUUUCUGUCCAUCAAAUAAUCCAGACAAGGGAGAAACUAUAAACGUGCUCAGAAUGUGGACAGAACUUUGGCCAGAAGAGCUACCUUUCUUCCCAUCAAAGAAUCUACACAGGAGAGUGUAGUGAGCCACUUGCCAGCACUGAUGGAGUUAACAGGAAAGGAACCCAUGCCCUUGACUGACAGACUGGCAACCCUAACUCUUGACCAAACAGUCAACCAGGUGGGCAGGACUAGAUGGUAGGAAUGUGCACAAACUGGUUUGGCAGUACUUUAUCAGACCGCUGAACCGGUUCAGAGGUACCUUGUCAUGACCAGUUCGGUGGGGGUGGGAUGUUACCUUUUAAGGAAUAGUGAGAGUUCCCCUGCCGUUAACCCUCCUCUUACGAUGUUUUCCAUGGUUGCAGCAGCAGCACCAGUGGGGAAGUGGUGGUGUUGGGAGGGUAAUGGCACCCUCCCUACUCCUUAAAGGUAACCACCAAACUGUCCACCCGAUGGUUCGUGCACAUCCCUACUAGAGGGCUGCUGGGUAGAAAAAAAGGGAGUUGCUCAGAUGAGAAAGGAAUGAUGGAGGCUCACCACAUUUUAUCUCAGUGAGUCUGCAGAAGGUUGUGAGACAGAUUUUCAGGGGCUUGGAUCCUGCCAGGGAUUUGGGGGGAUUCAAGGGGCGGAAAGCCAGGGUGUGCCUUUCAGAAGUUAGUGCAGGAGGAAGUAUUGUUAGUAAGACUUACGUCAGAAGUUAUUUUACUUUGUGUCUGUUGCUGUGCAUUUCCUAAAUAUCUGUUCCUUGUAAAUGAAUAACUAAGAUUAACUACAUGCCACCUACGAAAAGAUCUGCUCUUUUUAAAUAUUCUUGUAACCAAGCUAAGCAUUUCUAAGUGCAACCAAAAAGCUGAAACCUAAGCAUCCCUAGUUUGUAGCAAUACAAGUUUUCUAUCUGUUUUUACAAA